AUGGGGCUCAGGUACAGAAAAUCCAAUAAACGGAAGGCUGGAGGCAGGUUCAGAGGGAGGCUGGGUUCGGCAACAGGAGAUCAGACUUCUUCAGGAGGACUGGGCAAAAUCUGUGGUCAAGAACAGGCAGACUCAAAAAACCAGAAAACUUCAUGGAACGUGGAACAAGGAACAGAGCUUGAAAGCUGUGACCAGAGCAACAGGCGAUCUCGCACUGAGCUGCAGAUGAGCAGCUGGUUAAAUAGGGAGCGGCAGCGUGCAGCUGUUUACUCAAACACCAUCACCACUCUGGAGCCCGAGGGCCGUCCACUUUAUCAGGAGCAUUUUGAGCCUGUCAACAGCCAAAGAGAUAAGUUCACUUUUACCAGAAAUGACUGGAGCCAUGCAGAGGAGACGGAAAACAACCUCCAGACCAAGACCCCAGUUCACCCUAGGAGACACCUUCAAGGAUCAGGAGACAAAUGUCAGGGGGGAACUGUGUGUCUAAAGAAGAAACGCGGCUCCAGUUACAGUGGAAAUAGAAGAGCAUUCUGGAGCAACUCUGGGUUUCACACAGCAGAAGAAAACACAAACCUACAAACCUACAGACCCACACAGACACACAAGCUGGAGUCUGCAGAACCUCAGGCUGGAUUUCACUCUGUGGGCACAUUUCUGGAGCCUGAGGAAUGUCAGAAACCAGUUGCCCCUUCGUUCACAGACACGGGAAGCCCCACAGGCCGUUCUAACCCAAACGCCCGGCGUUCGGAGCCUGUCCAGAUGUUCCUGCACACGCUGCUGCUGGUCCUGACGGACCUGGCCGCCGGGCUGCUGGGGACCUCGCUGUUCCGCCGCCACUUCCACCUGCUGCUGUCGGCCGCGCUGCUGCUGGGCCCCGCCCUCAGCCUCUGGGUCUCCCCACACAGCGUCUUCGCCAAGAGGAGCCACUUCCUCUACAGGCUGUUCCUGGGCUCCGGCUGGGGCUGGACCUCCCUCUUUGCGGGCUCCUUCCUGUUCUCCUUCUCCUUCUCCGUCCGGCGCUCCCUGUCCCUCUCCCUGCGGCACCUGUCCCGUUUGGGGGUGUCCGGGGGCCUGUGGCUGGGCUUCUGCCGGCUGCUGGACCUGCUGGAGAACAGCACGGGCAGCUGCUACGAGCCCCUGCAGGAGGCCCCCGGGGGCCCGGGGCUGCUGGUGCUGAGGGAGGGGCAGACCCGGGGCGGGUGCCGGGGGGGGGGGCUGGUCUGGCGGGGGUACGAGGUGUCGGAGGACGUGUUCCUGCUCUGCCUGUGCUGCCUGCUGCUGGUGGAGGAGACGGCCGUGUUGGGGCCCUUCCUGAGCGGGGGGGGGGCGGGCGGACGGGCCCCUGAGGGUCCUUUCCCCGCCCAGCUGCUGGGGGGCGCCCUGGGCUGCCUCAGCUGGAGGGGGCUCUACCGGGGCUGGUUCAGGAUGGGGCCCUCCUGGUUCUGCCCCGGGAGGCCCGGGCAGGGACUUCUGCACGCCAAGGCAGGGGAGCCUCUCAACCACAACCACAACUAA